AUGUCGGCUCCGUACUACGCAGAUCAGACAGGCACCUCGGACUCGCCAUACCGUCCAAGCACGGCUGACAGCUCGUGGGAGCAAAGUAGGCCGUCUACCAUGGAGCACGCUCGGCCAGACUUGUUUGCGCAUGCGCCAGCCGCACCUUUGUCUCUAUCAUAUCCUCGUCCUGAGCCACUGCAAGCUUCUCAGACGUCUGCGAUGGGCGGGUCUCAAACAGGUAAUUAUCUCGGAGCCAAUGUUGUCACACCUCGUCAAGCCUUUUUUUCACGGGAUCAUAUCGACGCCAGUGCACAGUUUCCCACGAUGGAUACGAUGGAAAACUUUGCUCAUAAUACGCAAACUACGAUGCCUGCUGCUAUGCCCCGUGCCGCUCAAUUCGGCAGCGGCAGCGGCAUCGGCAUUGGUGGCGGAAACAGUAGCAGCAGCAGUAGUAGCAGCAGCGCCGUGGUGGGCUCGCAGCAUACGUUUGCGCCUGCCACCACCACAACCUGGUCGAGCUCCAUGCAGCAGCAGCCCGACUCAAUAGCCUACAGCCGAUAUGCAUAUCCAAGCCAAGCGGGCGCAAAUCCGUGGGCUACGCCUGGCGUUACGACCAUGUCGCAAAGUGUCAUCUACGACUCGUCAUCCUCGACCCACACCAGCCCUAAUCGAUCACAGACGUAUUACGACAUGCCGUCAAGCGAGCACUUUGAUCAUGCUAGCAACGCUUUCCAUACGGGCACGCACAUGUAUCCAGUCUAUGGUCCUUCGACGUCAAAGAUUGGCGGGCCCGGCACGUAUAUAUCGGCCCCGCAGCCCGAAUAUCAGCCAGAAGAGAUCGACAGCAUGCUCAACCAGGUCUCGAGCCUCUAUAAGGCAGCCAACACGAAAAAGAUGGCCGAAUUCUACCGCGACAAGUGGGCACGCAUGUGGUUGACGUGCAACUACACGCUCAAGCCCUCGAUCCAGAUCUCGAUACCAAGAACCAUCCUGCACGAAUCGUAUCGUCGUGCAUGUGACGCUUUGGGUCUGGAGCCGCUCCAAGCUGCUUCUUUCGGCAAGGUGCUUCGCAGUCAGUUCCCGGACGUCGUUCAACGUCGUUUAGGAGGACGCGGCAAAACUCGCUUUCACUACUGCGGCUUCGGGACGUCUAACGAUCGCGAGGCUGUCAAGGUCAAAUCGCUGCUCGAGGAAGAGAAGGCGGGCAGGCUGCAGCUCAGCGCCGGAAUCAGUGCUGAGUAUGCCGCAGAAGCACGAGGCAAAGCACGUUCCGAAGGACACGAAGCCGAAACUUCAUCCUCGUCCUACCGCACUCAGGCGUCUUCUGAUGCAUCUCAGUACGGCAACUCGCCGCACGCCUCGUCGGAAAGCAGCGGCAUGGGUCCCUCUGGUAUCGCCACGGAUGACAGACUGAUCGCUUCCGCCUUCGCGACGCUCAACAGUGCAGUACUGACUCCUCCUGGCACAAGCUCGGGUGUCGCCUACAGUUCUCAAGACACCGCCCAAUAUGCGCAGGUCCCAUCGCAAGGGCAUUCUUCCGUCUCUGCACAGCUGCCCAACGGCGGAGGAAGCGCUAUGCCAAGGAGACACACCGUCUCGCACUCUUACUCAGGAUUGAGUGAUCUAUCGUUCCUACCUGCGGGAAUGCAUGCGACGACGGAGACGGGCGAGACGGGUGUGAUGCAUGCCACUGGCGAAGUUGCUGCGUUGGGGCCUGGCGUUGCUUCUGGCGUGAGCGAGCCAUUACAAUCGACUUCGCUGCUCAACAGCCCCGCUUCUUCCUUGCACGGCUACCAGUAUCUGCAAGAUCCUCGCCACGUGCCUAGUUCGAUGCCGUUUCGACGAUCGUGUCAAGAUUUUGCGGAUUGGUCGAGCUUGCCGGGGCAGCAGGAUUUGACUACCAUCGCCAGCAGCAAUGCCGCCGGCGCUGUCGCGUCGGCCACUUCGACGGGUUUCGUGACUGGACCAGCGAGCGGCAACGCUGCCUCGCACGAGUUGCCACGAAAGGCGUGGUCGAAUAACUUUGUGUUUGAGUAG